AUGCUCACACUCCUGACCCUUUCACUCCUUCCGUUCGCCAUUGCGGAAGAUGGUCUGCAGGCUUGGCUUCGCUACGCGCCUCUACCGCAUGGCCAUCAUCCUACGUUUCUUCCUUCACGAGUUAUCGCUCUCAAUGAGUCCAGUGGCAGUCCAGUCUUCACGGCUGGGCAAGAAGCCCAGAUUGGUCUGAAGAGCAUUUUCGGGCACGAGGUUGACAUUUGUCAUUCGGGAGAGCAUGCUGCCUCUUCUGUGAUUAUCGCAACACUGGACCAGUAUCGGGCGACUUACGAUCAAGAACUCGAAGUCAAUCUCCUCGAGGAUGGCUUCUGGCUCAGCAUCAAUCAGGACACCGUUACAAUCCUUGGCCAGAACGAACGUGGAGCUCUUUACGGCACAUACGAAUACCUCUCCAUGCUAGCGCAGGGCAACUUCUCGGAGGUCGAAUAUGGUAUAAGUCCCGCCGCCCCUAUACGUUGGACCAACGAGUGGGACAAUAUGGAUGGCUCGAUCGAGCGUGGCUUUGCUGGAGCUUCCAUCUUCUUCAAUGACGGUCGCAUUGUCACCAACCUGACUCGCGCUGCCGAGUAUGCUCGACUUCUUGCAUCGAUCCGAGUCAAUGCUGUGGUGGUCAAUAAUGUCAAUGCCAACUACACCACCCUUAACCCAGACAACAUCGAGGGUCUCGGCAGGAUCGCAGAUGUUUUCAGACCUUAUGGUGUGCAGCUAGGCAUGUCCUUGUAUUUCGCGUCGCCUGCGAAUCUUACCUCCCUUGACACGUACGAUCCACUAGACGGCGCUGUCAUUGACUUCUGGAACAACAAGACCGACGAGAUCUACCGCCGUAUCCCGGACAUGGCAGGGUAUCUGGUCAAAGCUAACUCCGAGGGCCAGCCUGGGCCGAUGCACUACAAUCGAACUCUGGCUGAGGGAGCCAAUCUGUUCGCAAGAGCCUUACAACCGCAUGGCGGCAUCUUGAUGUUCAGAGCUUUUGUCUAUGACAACCACAUCAACGAGACCGACUGGUACGCCGACCGAGCAAACGCUGCUGGAGACUUCUUUGACCCACUAGAUGGAGAAUUUGAUGAGAAUGUGGUUGUGCAGAUCAAAUACGGCCCAAUCGACUUCCAGGUUCGUGAGCCAGUCUCGCCCCUCUUCGCCAAUCUCAGAAACACUAGCACUGCCAUCGAGCUUCAGGUCGCACAAGAGUAUCUUGGCCAGCAGUGUCACCUAGUCUACUUGCCACCACUUUGGAAGACAAUCACAGAUUUUGAUCUUCGGAUCGACAACUCCACUUCCUUUGUGCGGGACGUCAUGACAGGUGGGCACUUCAAGCGGUCGCUCGGAGGCUCCGCGGCAGUCGUCAACGUUGGCCGGAACACGACUUGGCUCGGUAGCCAUCUGGCAAUGUCAAACCUGUACGCUUAUGGCAGGAUGGCUUGGGAUUGGACUCUUGACCCCGAGGACAUCUUGCAAGACUGGAUACGUCUGACAUUCGGACCAGACCCGGAGGUCAUGGAUACUAUCACAAAGAUGUCCAUGGACUCCUGGCCAGCGUAUGAGAACUACAGCGGUAAUCUCGGAAUACAAACGCUGACCGACAUCUUGUACACCCACUUCGGGCCCAACCCGCAAAGCCAAGACAACAAUGGUUGGGGCCAGUGGACACGCGCGGACUCGGACAGCAUUGGCAUGGAUCGUACUGUCAGCAAUGGCACUGGUUUCUCGGGACAGUAUCCGCCAGAAGUGCAUGCCGUGUACGAAGACAUCGACACGACUCCGGAUGAUCUACUGCUCUGGUUCCAUCACGUUGGAUACGACCACAAACUCAAGUGUGGCAAGACCGUCAUUCAGCACUUCUACGAUGCGCAUUACGCCGGUGCCGACACAGCACAAGACUUUGUGUCGCAGUGGUCAAGUCUCAAAGGCUCGAUCGACGAAGAGCGCUUCGAACAUGUUCUAUUCCGACAAGAGUUCCAAGCGGGGCACUCCAUCGUGUGGCGUGACGCUAUCGUGAACUUCUACCACAAUCUCUCCGGUAUCGACGAUGAGCUUGGACGUGUUGGCCAUCAUCCACACAGAAUUGAAGCCGAGUCCAUGGAUCUGGAAGGAUACGUGACGUACGCCGUUAGCCCGUUCGAGACGGCUUCUAAGUCAACAGCGAUUGUCACUAGCACGAACACGACUACUGGAACGGCAACUGCCAAACUGGAUUUCGAGCCUGGCACAUACGAUCUCGCCGUCAAUUACUACGAUAUGUAUGGUGGCAACAGUACGUACGAGGUGCUGCUCAAUGGUGCCAUGGUUGGGAACUGGACCGGCGAUAUUGUGGAUACUGGCAAGCUUGGCCAUACGCCCUCGAUUUACCUGGAUGGACACUCGGCGAUGAGGAUCACGUUCAGGAAUAUCACUAUUGAGAAAGGUGAUCUGUUGAAGGUUGUAGGUACGCCGAGUGGUGUAGAGCCGGCGCCGCUUGAUUACGUCGUACUUUUGCCGCCUGGGGUAGUCGACUGA